AUGCCUCUUAAUCCAGAUAGCAUUGUGGACAAUCUUAAAAGCAAGAAGAAUAAAACAGAUCGAUACAAUCAACUUCUUAUACAAACUGCAUACGACUUUGCAGAAAAUACCACUCUUAAUGGCUUAAAAUAUAUAUCAGAGCGAGGGACGUCCAUUCUAGAAAGUAAAUCAAUUCAUUGUCAUUUCAACGUUUUGUUUCGCAUUUCACAGGUUGCUCCAAAACAUGAAGAUAUAUUUCAUGAGUGCUUAUGGCGGAAUAAAGUAAACUGUUUGAAUAAGUUUCGUCCGACUUUGACCGCGAACGGAGUGUGUCAUACUUUUAAUAACUUGGCUUCCGACGAGAUAUUUAGAAAAAGCAGCAUUGAAAUCCAGCAUAGACGCUAUUACUUAAACACAUCCACCCCUGCAAAUGGCUGGACUCUUGAGAAAAACUAUUACAGCUCCUACAACGAUCCCUUUCCAAGACGUGGCCGGGCAAAUGGUGCAAGGGAAGAUCUUUACUUAAUACUUAAAGAAGUAAAAGACCGAGACUUUGGGUGUGAUGGACAAACUCGACCCGGUUAUAAGGUAUAUCUACAUCACCCUGCUGAGCUACCUCAAGCGUCACUCCACAGCUAUGCAGCGCAACCCGGGAAGAUCACCUCGUUGGCUAUCAAACUUGACAUCUUAGAUACGGCCCAGGAACUUGCUGGCUAUGCACCGCAUGUCCGCCAAUGUUAUUUCACAUCUGAAAGAUAUUUGCAGUUUUUCCAAAAGUACACGUCAUCGAACUGUCAGCUGGAGUGUCUCACUAACUACACUAUCCAGAAUUGCGGGUGUGUCAGCUUCUAUAUGCCACGUAACAACAGCACGACAAUAUGCAAAGGAGAUCAAUUGCAAUGCAUAGAAGAUGCUCUCGAUCAAUAUGCCGAUGAAGAAGAUUUAAAUGACAGUGAAAGCGGCCGGUGUGGAUGCCUGCCUGAGUGCCAUGAAGUCAAUUACGACGCGGAUGUCGUUUUAUCAAAACUUGAUCUGCAAGAAUUUAAGAAAAGAUACAAACAACUCCAAAACAACAUAAUAAGCUAUAAAUAUAAUAACGGUAAUUCACAAGAGAGUUACGAAAGCAACAACAACGGCACUAAUGACAAAAAUGACACUGAAAUUGAUGUUUAUGCUUCUGAUGAAUUGGUUGGAAUGACAGUUAUCAGGAUCUACUACAGACGGCCCCGCUUCGUGGCCAUGGAGCGCUCGGAGCUGGUCGGGCUGUCGCAGUUUUUGGCCGACGUUGGCGGGACGCUUGGCCUCUUUCUUGGCUUCUCUUUCCUCACACUCGCCGAGAUCUUCUACUUCUUCUCGAUCAAAUUGUUUUGCAAGUUUCAACGCGAAAACUCAAAGAAAGGUGAAAAUUCAUGCGAUAUCGGCGAUAUCUAGAUCAGUCAUCUUAAAAGACAUCUGCAUUGACUACUGUAACCAGGUUAUUCCCCCUAGUAGCCACUAUCCCCCUUAUUCAUAAACGUGUACUAAAGUUACGAAGCCGCUGAUCAUCGUUUAUCCCUUUCCAUCAUACCAAUACGUUGGAAAGGGACAAACGAUGAUCAUCGGCAUCGUAACUUUAGUACACGUUUAUGAAUAAGGGGGUAAGUUGUUACCGUGGUAAAUAAUGACUGUACGACAGUGGGAAUGACUAGGUAACCGAUAAAAUGUAAUUAAUUAAGUGUAGCAUUAGCAUAGUACCAAGUGUAAUUGGUGUAAACCGUUCUUGUGAAUAAGUAAAAAGAUAAAUAAUCGGACAGGUAGACGGACAUGAUG